UACCACGCCGGAUUUGGAGUCCACACGACGGCCGUAAGCGCCGCCCUUUUUAGAGGUGGCGAGGCUUGUGGGGCUUGCUAUCAAGUCGCGUGCAACCGGAGGCUCGACAGGCGGUGGUGCCUUCGACAGGGCAUCGUCACAGUCACCGCCACCAACUUUUGCCCGUCUAACCACCAAGGCGGGUGGUGCGACCCGCCACGCCACCACUUUGACAUGUCGGCUCCGGCGUUCUUCCGCAUCGCGAGACGAGGCAAUGAAGGCAUUGUACCCGUAAUGUAUAGAAGAGUGCCAUGCAAAAGAAGAGGUGGGAUCCGAUUCACCUUAAAGGGUCAACCUAACUUCAACAUGAUCAUGAUAACCAACGUGGGUGGAAGUGGUGACGUCAGGACUGCUUGGAUCUGGGGCUCCAGAUCCAGAAAUUGGAGCCCCAUGCUCCGAAACUGGGGCGCCAACUGGCAGACCCGAUCUAACUUCCUUGGCCAAACGCUGUCAUUUCGAAUCACUUUGGUCGAUGGCAACACACGCGAAUUCCUAAACGCAGUUCCAUCUUCGUGGAAGUUCGGCCAGACUUUCGCUUCGCGAAAUCAGUUCUAU